GAAUGCGAAGGAGGAAGGUUGGGCACCUGGUAGAUUGUGCUAAUAAAGGUGGGGCUGAGUGGCAAGGGCAUGGGCAUGGAAAGCUAGCCACAUCGCAAAGAAUCCCACCUGCCAUGGCUGCCAUCCAACCUGCCAUACCCGGCCCUUUCCUGAAACCCCAGAUUGUCCCGAGGCCGGACUCUUCUGAGUCCGAUUCGGAUUCGGACAGCCCGGUUUUUGUCGGCGUCUUGCCCGACGCCAAGUACCCAGCCUCUUCCCAAGUGAUCCACAGCGGGCACUUCAUGGUGUCGUCUCCGCACUGCGACGCCGUGCCCCGUCGGCGUCACCACCAGGUCUACCCAAAGGACCCCCCGAGCAUUGAUCCCACCUUGACGCGCCUCUUUGAGUGCAUGAGUUUGGCCUACAGCGGGAAACUGGUAUCCCCCAAAUGGAAGAAUUUCAAGGGACUCCGUCUGCUUUGCCGGGACAAGAUCCGCCUGAACAACGCUAUCUGGAGAGCCUGGUACAUCCAAUACGUGGAACGCAGGAGGAGCCCCGUGUGUGGAUUUGUCACCCCCUUGGAUGGCUCUGAGGCUGAUGCCCACCGGAAACCUGAAGCUGUUGUGCUGGAAGGCAACUACUGGAAGCGACGGAUCGAGGUGGUAAUGAAGGAGUAUCACAAGUGGCGGAUCUACUACAAGAAGAGGCUCCGCAGGUUCAGCCGAGAAGGGGAAGGACCUAGCCCCAAACCGGGCGAUGAGGCGUGGAAACCAACCAACAGUUGGUGCGACCAGCUCUUUUCCAACGUGGUCCCAAUGCUGUUGAGGGACAAGGCAGCAGAGGAGGACGCAGAAGGAAGGCCGCUCUUUGAUCUGGACAGUUUCCUCUCGGACAUCUCCGACACCCUCUUCACCAUGACCCAGCCUGGAUGCCCACCACAACUGUUGCCCGACGAAGCCUAUAUCGGCAAUGCGGACAUGAUCCAGCCAGACCUGACCCCGCUGCAGCCGAACCUGGAUGACUUCAUGGAGAUCUCUGAUUUCUUCUCCAGUCCUCGUCCGAUGCCUGCUCAGACUCCCCUUGCCUACCAGGACCAAAACUGCUUUGGACCCAUCCCAGAGCCGCUCUGCCUUGGCAGCAAUAGUGGAGGCAGCACUGGCACUGCCAACCUCCUUCCCGCCACUAGUCCUGCUGACACUUUGCUCCCGCCAUGCCCUGCCAGCUCUCCACGCCUGUCCAGCCCUCGUCCCCAGGUGUGUAUCCAUGCAGAUGGCCACCUGCUUUUCCCAUCCCAGCCUGGAGGGAGCUGCUCAGCUCAGCUUGGCUCGCCGGGGGUCUUCCUCAGCCCAGACCUCCAACCGGCCCCUCUGCCCUCGGCGUUGCCCAACAGUCUCAAGCUCAAGCCCCCGCUGGCCUACAGCUUGCCCAGCAAGUGGCCAUACCUGGAUGCUUAUACCUCUUACUGCUCUGCCAGCACCCCACUGCCUACCUCCCCUCCACUUUUAGGGCAGGAGCCUGUGUGCCCCCUUCCCUCUGCGCCCCAUUCAAAGCUGCACUACCCACCCUCUGCCCUCUUCUCCCGCUCACCUCCUUCCAACCCCUGCUUCCCCCAAAACACCCCAGUCUAUGAGCUGCCUUCUGGGUACCACCAUCCUCCUUUCAGUGCCACCCACUUAUACCCAGGGAUGCCAAGUGGACCACUUUUGGGGAUGGCCAGAGGGCAACCGCAGCAGCCUAACAGAGGCGACGAGAGGUCCAAGAUGAAGGGGACAAGUGCCAAGGCCAAGAGAUCCGUCAGACCUCUGGCGGGCUCUCCAGCCAUCCCUGUGCCCAACCCAUGCCUAACACAACUGCUGACCACAGCAGCUAAGCCAGAGCCCAACCUAGAAGCUCUGCCCACUCCUCCUCCCAGCCAAACCUUGCUCCCAGCGGCACCUGAAUCUAUGCAGCAAAACAUGUUUUGUGACGAACCCAUUGGCUACUUGCCCCAGAUGAGCCAGCCAAGUCCUCGACUCUCCCCCACUGCCAGCCCUUCUCCAUCGAUCCCUGCUAUCGCCCCCUCAACUGGUGCCUUACUGGUCCCAAAGACGGAGCGCCUCUCCCCAACCCCGGUCUGUGCCACUACCCGGAGGAGGUCAGGACAGGGAUCUCCGGUCUCCGUAGAGGGGCUGGUUUUUCCUCCUCAAUACUCAAGUGCCCGGAGCAGGACCGAGCCUAACAAGACUGAGAGUCGCCGCAUCACUCACAUCUCUGCUGAGCAGAAGCGCCGGUUCAACAUCAAGCUGGGUUUCGACACAUUGCACAGUUUGGUGAGCACUCUCAGUGCUCAGCCCAGCCUCAAGGUUAGCAAAGCCACCACGCUGCAGAAGACGGCUGAAUACAUCUGCAAGCUGCAGCAAGAGCGAGCGGCUUUGCAGGACGAGGCGCAGCGCCUGCGGGAUCAGAUCGAGGAACUGAACGCCGCCAUCAAUCUGUGCCAGCAGCAGUUGCCCGCCACAGGGGUACCCAUCACCCGCCAGCGCUUUGACCAGAUGCGGGACAUGUUUGACGAAUACGUCCGUUCCUGCACCUUGCAGAACUGGAAGUUCUGGGUUGUAUCCUUUGUCAGUGGCGGUGAUCCUGUCUGUUCUCGGAAGCAGGGUCAACCCUGCAUCAUCAUGCGCCCGCUCUUUGAGUCCUUCAAUGGGAUGGUGUCCACCACCAGCAUCGAGAGCCUGAGUCAGACGUCCCUGGCCUGGUUGGAUCAAUAUUGCUCGCUCCCGGCUCUGCGACCCACCGUCCUGAGCUCCCUCCGCCAGCUCAGCGUCUCCACGUCCAUCUUGACCAACCCGGCAGGCAUCCCAGAACAGGCUGUCCAAGCAGUCAUGGGCACGGCCCCCCAAAAUGGCUCUUCCUAGCGAAAAAAGAAGCCCACCUGGCGGGGCAGAAGUGUGCAUUGCUUCUCGAAGAGGGAUGAUGGAUUAUGCCAAACACCACAGAAGGGGAUUCAGAGCUGCCUUUUGGAAAGGCUUCCUCAUCUAUGCUUUCUCCUGACUAAGCAGCGGGUCUUUUGCACAGCAAACGGAUCUUCAUUGUACUUUCAUGGCAUCGCCAUAUAUAUAUAUAAAGCAUUUCAGCUCGUGAAAAGAGACCAUCUCAGGGAAGACCUAGCAUGCUCUCUUCAUCUUGACUCAAAGCUGCUGGGCCAAAAUAAUCUCAGCCGCCAGAAUCGGCCGAGGCAACCUCUUUCCUCUUUGCCUCUUCUGCACUAGUCACUGUAUAUUAUUAUAUUAUUCUUUGUAUAAGUUAUAUUAUUCUUUGUAUUUGGCUGAGGGUCCGGAUUGUGGUCCUGUCUCCCUUCGGCCCCAGCUUGCAGCUCAGCUCGGUUUUGGAGGAGGCUUUUGCAAGAGACAGAAAGGAGCCCAUCGCGUGUUGCUUCUCCUCCUUUGCUUUUGUUGUACCUUUUAGGUCAGUCGUUACACAGCGGUAAAACCGCAAAGUGCAGGCACUCUUUGUGUAGUAGAACGGCCAUUAAAAGCGCUGCAGAAAAGCUG